ACGUGGCAACUGUCACUGGGCAGUCCAAGUCCAAGCCUCCAAGGCAUAUCCACUCCAUGGAGCUCUCGCCGCUGCUCCUCCUCGCCCUGCUGCUGCUCCCGGCGGCGGCCGUCGCCUCCGGUGGCGAGCCGGCGGCGGCACACCCGGGCUACGCGCACGGCGUCGAGGAUGCAUGUGGCGUGGCAGAGGAUGAGGCAGAGGCGGCGGUGUUGCCGGCGCCGGAGCGGCGCGAGGAGUUCGACGGCGGCCGGAUCGUGGACAUCAGCCACUACUACCGCGAGGACAUGCCGGCGUGGGAGUCGGCGGAGGGCACCGGCGGGUUCCUGCGGCUGGCGCGGUCCAUGCGCAACGGCUCCGACAUCGCCAACUUCUCGGAGCUCCGGCUCACGGCGCACUCUGGCACCCACGUCGACGCGCCGGGGCACGUCUUCGAGCACUACUACGACGCCGGCUUCGACGUCGACACGCUCGACCUCGCCGUCCUCAACGGACCAGCGCUGUUGGUUGACGUUCCCAGAGACAAGAACAUAACAGCUGGUGUCAUGGCAUCCCUUCACAUUCCUAAAGGUGUUCGACGAGUACUCUUCCGAACCCUAAAUACGGACAGAAAGCUUAUGUGGAAGAAAGAGUUUGAUACAAGUUACGUUGGCUUCAUGAAGGAUGGUGCACAAUGGUUGGUUGAUAAUACCGGCAUCAAACUAGUUGUUCAUGCAGGAGUAGACUACUUGUCUGUGGGGGCCUUUGAUGAAUGCAUUCCAGCUCAUUUAGUAUUUCUUGAAAAAAGGGAGGUCAUCCUUGUGGAAGCCUUAAAUCUGGAGCAUGUUACCCCUGGAAUAUACACCUUGCAUUGCUUGCCACUAAGAUUGCGGGGUGCUGAAGGUUCUCCUGCAAGAUGCAUCCUCAUCAAGUGACACAUGCUUAUAAUCAUCUCAGAAGGCUCUGUACAAUCUUAUGGCACGUAUGACAAUGAAAUAAGAACAUGUAAAUGCAUAUGACGAAAUUAGAAACCAUGACUCCCAUCAUCCAUUCACCCUUCCAACCCUCUUCCAACCCCUCUUUCUUGGUAUCAUUCUCAUCACAACUCUAUUCAAGCGUGGUUGGAUUAUGA